AAGAAGAAGAAGUAGCUGUUUGAACACACAGCACCGGCGUAGACACCAGAUGACCGAAACCUUGCAAAAUUAAAAUGAUUUUUUAAGGCGACAUGACAUGCGCAUUAUUCACUGUUGAUGACAUUGCUAGCUGGCUAGCUGUUUUGACCGGAUUUUGAAACCAUCAACUGGAUUGCUAAAAUACAUACAAUAUUGUCUCAUUCAUUAGACAAGACCAUGCUACAGUUUCUGGCUGGGUUUACCUUGGGAAACGUUGUUGGGAUGUACCUCGCUCAAAACUACGAGGUCCCCAACAUUUCCAAAAAGAUAGAAGCCUUCAAGAAGGAUGUGGAGGCAAAGAAGAAACCUCCAGAGGAGUGAAGAGAUGUUUCUUUACAUCCAUGUUGUUGAUCAGAGCCAGAUUGAAGAGAUGGGGACAAUUGGAACAACAAGAUGCACACCACAGAGGAUAUUUUUUUCAUCUAAUUUAAUCUUUGCUAUUAAAGGCAAUCUGUGUACUAAGGUUAUUACAUUGGCAGAGGAAUAAAUUGUAAAAAAUAAUAAAAUGGAUUCUCUAAGUAGGAUUUUUAAAGUG